GGUUUUGUUGAUUUGUUGUUACUAUCCUUGGGUUCAAUCUUUCGUCCUUGCUUAGAAUUUUGUGUUUUCUGGUAUUUUAAGUGUUUCAUUGGGUGUUGCACUUGGCAUACGUUGGCUAGAGGCAUGACUACUCAAGCAAAUUGCAUCACCAUUAAGGGAUCGGCGAAAACUGUAGCACAAUACUUAAAUUAUGGAAUCAACUCGAUCCUUUUCCAGCGAGGAAUUUACCCACAAACAGAAUUUAAGUUCCAGGAUGAAUAUGGGAUUCAGUUACUUGUUACAAAAAAUGCACGCGUGCAGGAAUUCUUGAAUAAAGUGCUCAAAACGGUAGAAGAGUGGUUGCCGCAGGAGAAAUUGGAACGUAUAAGUAUGGUUCUGUUCGAUAUACCGACGCGGAAGGUUAUCGAACGCUGGGACUUUAGCAUUAAACAUGAAGACGACUAUACCUGUAACGAGAACUCAGAACCAAUCUCACACAAGGAUGUGAAAGUAGUCCAAUCCGAGAUACGCAAUGUUAUGCGACAGAUCAUAUCGUCGAUCAGUUUUUUGCCAGCCAUUGAUAACCCAACGACAUUCGACGUGUAUCUGCACCCUAAAGAGGUCGCGUGCAAAAAGGGUGUUCCAGAGCUAUGGGAAUGGAAAUCGACGUGUGAUAUCGACAUACCAAACAGCCAAGCGGUGAAGCUGCGCUCAUUCUCCACCGGUUUUGAUUUAGUAGAGACGGAAGUAGUUUACAAAAUCGUCGAAAGCGGAAAAAAAGAAUAGUAGUUAGCUCACUACCUCGUGGAGGAUCUUAUCGAAACAAACUGGUCACUCAACAUUUCCAACAACGGCGUUGCAUGUCUCGCUACGAACCAAACUCAUUAUCCAUUCUUAUCAUUAUUUUUGAAUAUAAUCAACUGUUUUUUUUU